GGGGUUGAGUGACAAUAGGACUGUCGCAGUGGUCUUCUUGCUGCCCGAUGCUGAUCCUCUCUUGGCGCUCUCUCUCCGGCUUCUCCGCGACCGUUGCUUAGACUUCCGCUCCCUUCUUCCCCUUCGCCUCUUACUUUUCCCCUGGAAACUCUCACGCUCUCCUCCUCCUCUUCUCCUCUCCUCAUGCCCAUCGUGGCUCCGCCCAACUUCUCCCCCCGGUGACAUCCCCGAAUCUCCUCCCAUGGCCAAGGUCGACACCGCGGGGGAGGUGGAUUCCGCCCCGACCGCCGCCUCGCCGACCCCGACUCUCCCCAAAGCCCCCGUCGAGGCUCGCUCGCUGUCCUCCAUCACCGCAAUCGCUUCCAAUCCCCCGGCCUAUCCACGCAAUCCGACCCAGAAGAAGCUCGAUCCGUUGGUGCUCUAUAUAGUGCGGGUUCCGGGCAGUCGAGAUGUCUUCCUCACCCCGUUGAAACCUCCCACCAAGUCCAACGUCUCAGCAGAGGCCAUCAAUGCCUCCUUAUACUAUCUGCACGUUGCCACCCCCGACGAUGACGUCUUGCUCCAGGAAUACGAGCAGGAGCACGAAGAGGAGGCCAGGCUGCGAAAAGAAACACUCGGGAGUGAUGCGGACUCCAUUCUUCCUGCGCGCGAGUUUGCGCGAUUGAAUAAUGUCCGACGCAAGCCUGUUCCUGGCGCGGGGGAUGCAGCGAGCGCAACCAAGGUCGAUGCGACCGUCGCGCCCGCUCGCCCUCGUCCGACCUCGUGGCAGUCGCAGGGAUCGCUGCCAUCGAGCCCCAGUCUGCAACGUCCUCCUAUGCCUCCUCGCCCAAGCUUCCAGGGACCGCCUCCCGAGUACACUCCCUCAACACCACCAUUCGCGCCAGUCAACCGCGACCCUUUCGAUGCCACGGCGCCAAACGAUGCGCGCCCGUCGCGACCUCUUCCCCCUGUCCCGAGAGAUGAGCCUGUGCUUGGCCCGCCUCUAGACCCGAUGCCGAAGAAGGCCAACCGGUGGAGCGCUGCGCUGUCGGGGUAUAUCGCUCGGGGACAGGAAUCGUGGAGAGAUAAAAUCGAAGCAGGCCGGCCUAGUCUGGACUCUCAACGGCCGCAGAUCCGACCGGACAUUCGACCGCAUUCGGCGCACGGGAGUCCAUCGCAUUCUUAUCUAGGGUCGCCCUCGAGAAGUCCUGGAAGGGGUCCUGCGAGGAGCCCGGGGCAAUCCCCCAGUCUGCGACCGCAUGACCGGAUGCCUGAUCGCCCAGGGUUUCAUCUCACGCUGAUCCGACGCGAUCCUACCCAUGGCAGCCAGUGGAACGUCGCGACCAUGUCGACGCCCCGGAUGGACGGCGGGCCCAUCGACAUUGAGGUGCUCACACCAGGAUACAAUCGAUUCACGGCGCAAAACGAACCAAUCUCCCUCGCGAGUUUGGGGGUGAACCUCCCAGGCGGCCAGCCUAUCUCCCUCUCAUCAUUUAAACGUCCGGAGGUGACCGACCCUCCCACUUCCACGCCUAAUGAACCACACCCUCGACGAUUCCAUCGCAAGCUCUGCGUCUCCCGGCCCUACUUCCAAGAAGAACCACGAGGGUCGCUGGACCUUACUGGACGUCCCUCCCUCGACAGCAUCGGCGGCGGCAGUCCCACGAAGCCACAUGUCCCAAGCCACUCCAAGUUGAAGAGCGGCUAUUAUACCUUUAACUCGCCGUGGAACGGCAUCUGCACAUUUACGACGAGCGUCAACGGCCGCAGCCUCAAAUGCAAACACAUGAUACCCACCCCUGGCUUUCCCAGCACCAGCCACCAUCAUACACCAACCUCGAUGCCAGAACCACCUGCCAUUACUGCGGCCGAAAUCCGCUUCAACACACCCUUUCGAACCGGCCACCUGCAUCAGCCCUCGGGGGCUCCGUAUAUCUCGCCAUCCUACCACCCCGCCUCGCCCCCCACGGAAUUCUCUCUCUCCUCUCCGACAUCAACCUCGGGGAUUCCGUCCUCGAAACGAGAUUCGCUCGCCCGGUUCCUCAAUGCACACAAAUAUACCCGACCUCGCGCCCGCUCCGGCGCCAGUAUCUCCUCUGGAGACAUUGGCACCAGCCACCACACCCGAAAUGCCUCGAAUAGUAGCACAAGCAGCGGUGGUGACGAGGAGCGAGAGAAGUCGGGACUUCUGCGUCGUCCACCGAGUGACGACAGAUUGGAUCUGUCGCUUGCACGAGAACGGGCGGGCGGAGGUAUGCGGGGGAAGUCUGCUAAGAUGGGCAAAUUGAUCAUCGAGGACGAGGGAAUUAAGAUGUUGGAUUUGGUGGUUGCUGCUUGUAUGGCUGUGUAUACGGUGAGCUGUUAGUUGCAUUCGCACUUGGUAUUUGGAUUUGGAUUGGUCUUUGGAAUUUGGCAUUUGAGCGAUGCAUAUGAUCUUGUAUAUUUUGUUUAUAGUUUUAGGUAUAUUUAUGGAUUUAUACCUAUGUAAAUUUCAAUCUAGUCUUCUGGAU